AUGGGACAGAAGAGUAUCUUAAAUGCGUACUGUCCUCUAUCAACCCGUUGCUGCUUCUGCGUAAAUCUUAGAUAUGGCACCAUAGCAAUUGCCGUGCUGGGCUUUCUGAUGAGUAUAUUUUAUAUGGCGUUGUUGGACGCUGAGGAGUUCCUGAAGGACUACGUCGGCAUGCACCCGGUGACGGCACUCAUCAUAGUUCACACCUACGCUAUUUUAGGAGUUCUCAUGAAUGCCAUAAAUAUUAUACUAUUUGCAGCAUCGUUCACAUAUAAUGAAUUCUACAUUCUCAUGUAUUUAUGGUUUGCUAUUAUAUUUUUUAUUUUUGACUUCCUUAUGGUAAUGAUCACGACCAUUGCUGCCCUAAGUGCCAAGAAAGCCUUAUUUGCCGUAGCCAUAUUUUGUGGCGAUAUUGCUUAUUGGGUAAUUCUCUAUAAUUUUGCUUUCCCAGCGGUAAAUGGGUUCAGACGAAGCAUACAUACUGUAGUCAUAUUUUUGGGGUAA